AUGUCCCUCGCAUUGUACGACGUUGUCGUGAUCGGCGGCGGGCCCGUCGGCCUGGCUGCUACGUACCAAUCGGCCAAGGCCGGCGCCAAUGUCGUCGUGCUCGAGCAGAACAACUUUUUCAACCAGGCGGGGAGUUCUGGCGACCUGGCCAGGAUGUAUACCGAAGACUUCAUGGCCGACCUUGCCAAGGACGCGUUGGAGUAUUGGGACUAUUUGGAACAUGAUGCCGGGACCUCCCUCCGGUGGAUGAGUGGUCUUCUGAAUUUCGGUGACAAGGAUCUGGGAGGCGGGACCCCAGAAGGAACGCUACUCGGCCCAAUUCCCAACCUCAAGAGGCUCAACAUGACCUAUAAGGAGCUGACCGCGCAAGAGAUCGAACAACGAUAUCCAUUCAAAAACCUGCCGUCCGACUGGGUCGGGCUCUUCGCGCCAGACAACGGUGUCAUCAACGUGCAGCUCCUCCUUCGGACCUUGAUGAGGCUAGCACGAGAGUACGGAGCGCAGGCAAAGCAACACACAGAGGUCAAGUCUAUCACGCCUUCAAAGGACAGCAACGACACGUGGAUCGUCCAUGCUGUCGAUCGGGAGAAAGGCGCUGUGACGUUCGCGACCAAGAAGAUCAUCAUUGCGUCUGGAGCCUAUGUCAACCACGUGCUCAACCCCAGCUUUGGAAUCAGCCUCGACCUCGACAUCUGGGAGAUGGUAGCGACCUACUUCAACGCAAACGCUGGGCCAAACGGCACCCUGUUUCCGAGUAUGUGGUUCCAAUUCGCACCAGACAAGAACGGGAGAUCGCAGCUGUUUUACGGCUUCCCCACCGUCCCUUGGGGACCGCCCAACGUCGUGCGCAUCGCUGUCGACGCGGCGAGCCGCAGGAUCAAGGACCCAAAUGAGCGGGCGACAAACAUAUUCAGCCCCGACGACAUUCAAGAUACUCAGGACUUUGUGCGAGACAAUGUAGUCGGUGUCGACUUCACCGUGCCGGCGUCGACCGUUUCCUGCCUGCAGACCAACGUCUUUGACAACAUGUUUGUACUAGAUUUCAUACCAGAGGCAUAUCUGAAGGGCGGCCCCAAGGAUAGCAUUGCCGUCUUCACGGCCGGCUGGGCCAUGAAGUUUGUGCCGCUCUUGGGCAAGGCCCUGGCCGAUAUGGCACUCACCGGGCAGUCGAAAUACGCCCUCAAGGACUUCUCCAUCUCGCGCACGAACUCGUCGAACCCGCAGCAGGGGAUUAUCAUCGCGAAUAGCUCCGAUCACACAGCGGCGCGGAGGAGCUCGUAUGCGUAUAUGAAGCAGGGCGUAGGAUCGUCGCUAGGCGGGUUCCCCAACAAUGCUUGCCCUGUCUGCAAGAAGAUUGCCGGCCCGCGCUGCGCUACUCUUGAGCACCUUAUCCACUGCAAGGUGCAUGACUGCUACCACUCCAUCCGCUCGGAGUGCGCCCAGUGCAAGGACAGCACUGAGCGGGCGCUCCGGGAGGAGCGUCGCCAGAGCGAGAGCGGCAGCGGCGAGAGUGUCAAUGACGAGAACACUCCUCCGGCCAACAACAACAACAACAACAACCGCAACAAUCGCCGCAAGGGACGGAAGAGCCGGAGAGCUAGGGGAUGA